AUGCAUUCGUCGCUCUUCCAUAUUAUGGAAGACUUGAAGUAUUGCUCGAAGUGCCUGUCGACGCUGAGUGCCCUCAACCACCUCACUCGACAAUCACGUGCAGUUCAGCCUGACAAGACGAAAAGUUUUUGUGACUUCGAGAUCCAUAAAAUUCGGAUUUCAACGGCUAAUGAGAAGUUGCGGCUGACGAAUGCUACCACUGCAGCUAGGCUUCUUUGGAUGUCCCUUCCUUGUACGGAAGAUUUUCAAGUCGAUGGCGAGCAAAUGCGGUUAGGCGACAACAUGAGCCAUGAAAUUAUAGCUGUGAACGAACGUGUAACUGGCCUGUACAAUGACUUCCGAAGACACGGAACCUCUUACCGACUGCGCUACACCGCCCUAUUAUUAUUAUUAUUAUUAUUAUUAUUAUUAUUAUUAUUAUUAUUAUUAUUAUUAUUAUUAUUAUUAUUACUUACUUAG